AGCUCCCCGACGUGCCCUCCCUGCUCCGCCGUCUGGCUCUCUCGCAGCAGCGACCCGACCUGCGGGCGCUGCAGAUGCUGCAGUCCUGUUUGGAGCGGCUGUUGCGGCUGAGGGCGCUGUUCGAACAGCACCUUGCACCUGGGCUCAUGGCAGGGGGAGGCGGAGCAGGAGGGGGAAUGGAAGGGGGCGGUGGUUGGAGCGAUGCCGCACCCACUCCCUCCUCCUCCUCCUCAUACUCGCGGCUCAACAGCAGAGGGAGGCCAGAAGGACCCAUGGGUCAGCGGUCAGCAGCAACCGCAGCAGCAGCAGGCGGCGGGGGGCUGAGCUGGGAGGCUGUGUCCAUCAGUGCCAAGGUGUUGACGCAUGUGGGGGCUGAGCUGCAGGGCGCUCUGGACCUGCUGCUCAACAUGAUCGACACCGGCCAGUCCGAGGAGGGUCUGCUGGUCGCCCCCGGCGUGUGCCCCCCCCUGGACGCCCUCAAGGCCACCCACCGCGACCUGCCGCAGCAGCUCACGGCGGUGGUGCGGGCGGAGCUGGGGCGGGUGCCGAGGUGCCUGAUCAGGCAACACGCGCAGCAGCUGUGGUCGGUGGUGUACUUGCCGCAGGUUGGCUUCGUGCUGCGAGUCCAGGGGGAGCAACUGACGGCCGACGUGUUGGACGCCCUGCCCGACUACGAAC